ACCGGCUGCUUUUAUUCUCGACACUUCCGCGGUUACGUCGCGCUCACGUCAGAGAAAAGAAAGGAAGAAAAAAAACUUCCAUUCAGCUUCGGCGGGUUGAAACCGCCUCAGUCGACAUUUUAACGAAGGUGUGGGCAUGUCGCGGCUCUGUGUUCGCAGGUAAGUUGUGUCCCAGCGGCGUUGAGGCUUUUGUUGACGUUAAAGCCUCGAUACAACGCGGCGUGGGUCCAGCGUCACGGAUGUGCGACCAGGGGAAAAACAUCUGGGUUAACCGCGACCGGUAGCCUCUUGUCGAUCGUUAAACGUGCUGCUUGAAACAUGUAUAAAAAAUAAAGUUGUUUUUCCUCAGGGCCUGGUUUCAGUGCAGAAAGCAUCCACAAUAGCACUUUUUUUUAAAUCAAGUAACAAGGUACAGAGGCUCUAAUUUGUUCGGUGUUAUUCUCUUGAUGUCGAAUACACAUAUGAUAUUAUGAAAUAUUUUAGGGAAUUCUCGUUCCGGUAGAGUUGGAUGGUAAAUGACACCUCUCUGCAGCUGGAAUAAGUGCAGCUGUGACUUCAUGUGCCACUGAGUCCGCUCAAUAACACAACAAAUAAGUUAGAAGUAGACAUUCUCAGAAUAGUUGCCAUUUUCCCCUGUGUUGCGAUUGACAGAUUUUACGGUAACACUGGCUGAUAAAUAUUAAUAAAACACCAUGUCAGGCUUUGAUUUAUCGCUAAUCGGAGGCUCAUUCGACAGGUCCAGACCCCCCUCCCCCAAACUGAGCUGAGGGAUUGUUCCCAUUGACUAGUUCACUAGCAUUGCUCUGUGUGAUGGAAGGGACACUGAAGACCUUGUAAUUGUUAUACAUGCUUCCACUGCCUCACCGCAGCCCAAAUCCAUCAGUCUAAAUAAACCAGCAGGCUGCAGCGACAGUGAGACCGAUCGGUUCCUGUCAGUCAUUAAAUCACAACAGAUGUGGGACCGAUGUUAGCAAUGUUACUGCUGCGCUGUUAAAAAAAAUUCUAAUCUAAAAGGUUGCAAGGCUGUUCGUCAUGAAGAAGCGAGCCAACAAGGUGCCGGAGGAGGAGCAGAUCUUGUGCUGCUGUGAGUAUGUGAACCGAUUCGGAGAGCGCAGCCAUGUGGGAGCCUGCUGCUGUGACUGUGAGGACCUGGAUGACGCCUGUGACCGGUUUCUGAAGCGGGAGCCUCAGAAACCCGAAUCCCUGUCACAUGUGGCCGCGGACGUCACAGACCGCCUCCGCGUGCCUUGGCUGUGGGGCGGCGCCCGAAAAGUAGACCUGUCCAUCAUCCCUCCUCUUCUUCUCCUGCCGGUCCUUUUGCACGUCGCCGCUCUCCACUACCUGCUCGGCCUGGUGGUUCUGACUGCUCUGCCCGGCCUGGUGCUGUGGUACUACUAUUUCACCCACCGCAAGAAGGGACGGACCCUCUUCUUCCUCAGCCUGGCCCUCUUCUCCCUGGCGUACAUGUACUACCUGUUCGUCACCGAGGUGCUUCUCAACGGGGACGUUGGUCCGGUCCAGCUGGCCGUGGUAACUGUCGGGGUCACGCUCACCCUGGUAGCCCUGGUCCUCACCAAGAGAGGUCCGGGCGUCGUGCGGCCGAACCGGGAGGCCGUCCACAGCACGGUGACGUAUUACACGCCCGCGGCAGACAGAGAGCCCGCCGCCAACGGCGGUCGGCGGGACGUGACCACGACCGUAGCCAACCGGGCGGGUUCUGCGGAGGAUUCGGGGGCGGAGCUGAAGGAAAGCGGGCGGAGGAACUGGUGUCAGGCGUGCAGGGUGGUGCGACCCCCGAGGGCGGGACAUUGUCGGAUCUGUGGCGUCUGCGUGCUGCGCCUCGACCACCACUGCGUCUGGAUAAACAGCUGCGUGGGGCAGUCCAACCACCGCAGCUUCCUGCUUACGCUCGUCCUCUUCCUGUUGACGUCGCUGUACGGGAUCAGCCUGGUGCUGCGCAGUGUGUGUCCCAAUCAACACCUCGUCAUUGCCCUGCUGUACUGCCCGGGGGUCUACGAGCAGUCCAGGUACAGAGCGCCCGCUGAGCUGGAUGAUACUGCACUUCGCUUCACCUGUGCAUGGUACAGCAGUAUUGUGACCUGUGGGCUGCUCCACCUGCUGACGGUGCAGGUCAUCAACGUCAGCCACAACGUCACCGAGCGAGAGGCCCGCGAGGCCCUGAGGGACAGAACCGCUCGCAGCGCCUACUGGGGACUCGUCAUAGACACGGGUGUCUACUCUAAAGGUUUCCGUGGCAACUGGGCCGAGUUUAUGACCACGGGAGAAAACUCAAAUCCACCCUCUCCCGCCCCAACAGACCUGGUUGUCUUGCUGGGCGUCGGGUAACAAGAAAAGUGCGAGACUAAAUAGUUGCUCUGGUCCCGGCGGCAGCGUCACAUGACGCCUCAGUGACGCACAAAGCACGGGCUGACAACCUUUUGUAAGAUGCUGUCCCCGCACACGCUGUCUUCAACAAACACCUGCAGUGUUCAGACGAGGGUUCCUAAUUUGACCUUGUGGGCGUCAUGGAUUAUUUAUCACAGAUGAAUGAAACAUGUCAGCACGAGCCAGAUCAUCAUUAAUUAAAGUGCUACAGUUUGUCAUUGCAUUUAACAUGAUGAAUAAUUGGAUAUCCAUGAAUAUAUUAAGUUACUUUUACUCUCAUCGGGUUAAAAUGGAUUCCUGAAUUAUUUAUAAGCAAACACCCCGGUUCACAUUAAUGUCACCUUGAGAAGUUAGCACUCCAGGACAUUCCGCUGUUGCUGUUUUCACUAAAGCGAUUGAAUCCUAAAAGUUGUAUGGCUCUAGUUGUGUUUGUAUGAAAUUAUUUAUUUUCAUUAAAUGACUGAGACACGU